AUGAACGCUACCAAGCAUCAGGCAGAGUCGCUGCCCUUGAAGAAGCCAUUACAGUAUCUGCUUUACUGUCGCAAUAACGGCGUCUUCGUUCUGCUCUGCCUUGUACUGCUGCUUGUAGUUGGCACGCUGUCGGUAACCAUAGCAACGAUGCAUCCACAAGACACGCGACCCGGCUGGAGGAUCUUGGACGCGUUCGAAUUCUCCAACGUGACGGCUGUCAACGGGACGUUGCCUCUCUGUCCAGUACAGCCCCCCAAUCUUGUAGGGCCGAUCGAGGUUAAAACGCUGCCACCUAGCUGGAAAGAGCUCGAGAAACGCUACCAAAAUCUCGAGCCUGGUGGUAGAUGGCGCCCCAGCGAUUGCACGUCGCGCCACCGUGUGGCCAUCAUCGUACCUUACCGAGAUCGCGAAUCGCAUCUGCGCGUGUUCCUGAACAACCUGCACGCUAUGCUGCAAAAACAGCAGUUGGACUACUGCAUCUACGUCAUAGAGCAGGCAAGGUAG